AUGCAUCAUCAUCAUCAUCACGCACCAUUCGCCAUUGCAGGUCUUCUAGUAAUCAUCACUAUUCUGACCGGUGUUGGAACGUUCACUGAUUACUGGGGAGUAGCCUCACUCGGAAACGCUCAAGGACAUAUGGGAAUAUACGCAUGGGGUAAAUCUGGUGCUAACCGACAGUUCCAAAGAAGUCCAGGAUGGCUGCAAUGCGUUGUUGUCUGUCAACUAAUGGCAUUCUCUUUUGAACUUUUGUUCUGUCUACUGGUGGUUCCCGCAAUUCUCUUCCGAAGAAUGAUGCCAGUACAUGCCGCAUGUACUCUUUUAUCGUUGAUUAUCCUCAUACUUUUGUUCAUUGGUAUGAUUGUGUUUGCAGUAAAUAUUGGAAACUACACACUUGUGCCUGGUAUCAAAAUGAAGGUUGGUUGGUCCUGGGGAAUCUCACUGGCUGCUACUAUUCUCUCGCUAGUGCUGUUCCUAGUGUCUGGAAGUGCGACAGGAUAUGGAGCUUACUCAGAAUACCGAUAA